CGUGCGGUCCUGCUGUACCGCUCCAGCUGCGCAGCUCCGGGCUGGGCCGAUCCGGGGUUGAUUCCGGUUCACUUCGUCGCUAGUUUGGAAUCGCGACCCCAGGAAGCUACGGGGGGCAGGUGGGGGCGCUGAGAGCAGGACCUCUGGUGCAGGCUGAGCAACAUGCUAAUUAAUUAUAAUCUGAAUUGUCCACCGAGCUUCUGAGGAGUGCAGCACCCUGAACCCUGAGCCAAACUCCUGGCCUUCUGCCUCCAAGCCACAAUGACAGUGCUGGUGGCCAAGGUGCUCUGCUUGCUGGGCGUCUUUGUGCUCAUGCUGGGAGGGUCGCUCCUGCCGGUCAAGCUCACUGAAGCAGACUACGAGAAAGCCCAUCGCUCCCGGUGUGUUGGCCUCUGCAACUCCUUUGGCGGAGGUGUCUUCUUGGCCACCUGCUUUAACGCUUUGCUUCCCACUGUGCGAGAGAAGCUCCAGGAGGUUCUGAAAGUGGGCAAUGCGACCACGGACUAUCCCUUGGCAGAGACGCUCAUGCUCGUGGGCUUCUUCAUGACAGUGUUUGUGGAGCAGCUCGUCCUGACCUUCCGGAAAGAAAAGCCUUCCUUCAUUGACCUGGAGACCUUCAAUGCCAGCUCAGACAUCGGCAGUGACUCGGAGUGCGAGAGCUCCUUCAUUGGGCCCUCCUGGGGACGCGGCAGCGCCCCGCACGGCGACCAUGGCCAGCGCCCCCACGUCCACGGGCUCAGUGCCCACGAGCUGGCCCGCGCCAGCCCCCUGCGCCUCUUCAGCCUGGUCUUCGCCCUGGCAGCCCAUUCCAUCUUUGAGGGCCUGGCCCUGGGCCUGCAGGAGGAGGGGGCCAAGGUCACGAGCCUCUUCCUGGGCGUGGCUGUGCACGAGACCCUGGUGGCCGUGGCCCUGGGCACUGACAUGGCCAAGUCUGGGCUGACGCUGCGGGAGGCGGCCAAGCCGGCCGUCACGGUCAGCCUGAUGAUCCCACUGGGCAUCACCGUCGGCCUGGGCAUCGAGAGUGCCCGGAGCGUGGCCAGCAGUGUCAUUUCGGUGCUCCUGCAGGGCAUUGCAGGCGGCACUUUCCUCUUCGUCACCUUCUUUGAGAUCUUGAGCAAGGAGCUGGAAGAGAAGAGCGACCGACUGCUCAAGAUGAGCGCAGGAUUCAAGACUGGGGUGGCAGAGUCUUCUGGGGCAGAGCCAAGGGCUCACUUUGGCUGUGUGAGCUCUCCUGAAGCUGGAGAUGAAGGCAAAUUGGAUGCUGGCAUCUGUGGAGGGCCCCCCAUUGCUGCCCCCUUGUGCUAGCUGCAGGCCUGUGCAGGUGGAUUUUGGGGAAGCGGUGCUCAAGAUUUCUCCCUGCCUGUUCAAAGGCCUGAAAUGUUCCUCUGGCUGGGUGGGAAAAGGACAUUGAAUAGCCUUCACCAGUCUGACCUAGAGGGAGGUGGCCACUGGCAGGCCAGGGAGGGCCAGGGGACCCGUGUCGUUGCCCUUUCCAUCAGCAGCUGGUCCCUGUGUUGCCAAACAUUGGUGGACACACCUAUCCAAGCCUUGUGGGCAGCCCCUUCCCUUGCUGGUGGAUCUGUGGGUGCAAAAGGCUUCCAUUCUCAACCAGAGGCUGAGGCUGCUGUUCUGGCUGAUUCUCAGGCCGAAGCUGGCCAAAGCUCGAAGCCAUGUGGGACUUCUUGCUUCUUAUGACUGGGAAGGCAGCAUCCUCUGUAGGUAAUGGACUGAUCCAUGUACAGGGAAGGCAUUCUGUUGCCGUGGGGCUGGCACAGUGGCCAACACCUGGCACAGGAUGGCCACCAUUGAGGCAAGUACUGUUUCCCCAGGGACGCGGGCCCUCCAGGAGAAGGGCAUGAAAAUGAGGGAAGGGGCUCCAUUCGCACAGGCUGUUGGCUUCCUUUGUCCCUGCUGGGUGGUCUGUCUGGUUGUUGUUUCCUUCAGACGUUUUCACUCGGUGCCAUUAGCAAGGCAUCUGGAGCUUUUGUUGCCACCUCGCCUCCGAUGCCUGUUCCUCUUGCUUACAGUGGAAAUCUGUUAAGGAGCAAGUUCAUAUCCAUGCAGCUUGCAAACAACCUCUCCAGAGAGCAGGCACUUGGCCGGGAGCCUCUCGGCAUCUCUGACCCAUGGACGCAGUGAUGGUCUUGGUGGUCUGGGAAAUCUUGCACGUGAGGUCAGCUUAGGGGCCAUGUCAGAGCAGGCAUGUUUAGAAAUUAAAUCCAUGUCUUUCUGGCGCAUGUAAGUUUAGCAUGGAGAAUUGUGUGUGAGGUAUUUAUUAUCUUCCUUCUUAGUUUGGAGGGAGUUAUCCUAACCUCCAUGGUGCUGCUAAUCAUCAGACUUUUAGCCAGUAUUUAAAUAAAGCUUCUUUUGAAAACGA